GCUUAACUUUCAUUGCUCUGUCAUACGUUGAUCAUUCCAUUCUGCGCAUUCCUGAUUGUAGUUGUUCGAAUAGUUGUGAUCCGGUCUAACGUUUCAACGGUGUCGUUUCAGCGAAGGGCAAAUGGCUUCUACGUUUUUGACACUGCUCGCGGGUGCGUUUCUGUUACUAUGUUUUUACGUGUACAUUAAAUUCACACACUGGAAGAGACACGGAAUACCAACGGCCAAAGGAAACAUCCCGCUGCUGGGACACUCGUUGCCUCUGAUACUGAGGAAGACAAACGUGUCCUCUUUCGUUCGACAAGUAUACGACGAUAACCGAGAUCACAGUAUGGUCGGGAUUUACAAAGGACUAAAGCCAGUGCUAGUGAUUCGCGAGCCUAAUUUAAUAAAAGCGGUGCUGCAAAGUCAUUUCUCUCGCUUCCACGAAAAUGGAAUGAAAAUCGUACCGGAAGUGGAUCCUCUGCUGGCGAAAAAUCCGUUCUUCAAUUACGGCGAGGAAUGGUCGAACGGAAGAAAACGACUGACCUACGCGUUCUCCAACACGAGACUGAAGAUUCUUUUCGCGGCUGUCGAUGGAGUGUGCAAAAAGUUCGAAAAUUUCGUGAACAGGCGACUGCAAUCGAGUGGCAAGUACGAGGUCGACCUGAAAAGCUUGUUUACGAAAUUCACGGCAGAAGUGGUGGCGAACGCUGGUUUCGGCAUCGAGGGACACUGUUUCGACGAUGCAGAGCCGUCAGAUGCGUUUGAUCAAAUUGGCAAGGACAUUUUAGAAGAGUCACUUUGGUUAAUGAUAGCGUCUUUCAUGCCUGUUGUCAAUCGUUUACUCGGAAUCAGUGUGCUGCCGAAACGCGCAGACCGAUUCUUCAGACAGAUCGUGUCGGAGAAUUUGAAGCUAAGGCAAAAGGAAGAGGUGCCCAGGAACGAUUUCCUUCAGUUGAUGAUCGAACUGGAAAAGACGGGAGAGAAGUUCGACGAGGAAACCAUUGUGGCUCACGCGGUUUCCUUCUACCUCGACGGAAUGGAAACGUCCAGCGUUACUCUCAGUUUCGUCGGAUACGAAUUGGCCGUGCACCCAGACAUCCAGGAGAAGCUUAGGGACGAAGUGAAAUCUACGUAUGCGAAGCACGGCGGUGUAUUGACGUACGAUGCCUUGAAGGACAUGACGUAUAUGAAUCAGGUGAUCAGCGAGAGUCAGAGGCGUUACACGGCUCUGGGUUUCUUGAACAAAAUCUGCACGGAGGAGUUCGAGCUGCAGGGAUCGGAUGGACUGACUUAUCGCGCGAAACCGGGCACAGAGAUCAUUAUAUCCUCCGAUGGGUUGCAUCACGACCCGAAUUACUGGAUCGAUCCACACGUCUUUGAUCCGGAACGAUUUAACGAAGACAAGAAGCAAAGUGUAGAAAAGAUGACGUUCCUCCCCUUCGGCGAGGGCCCGAGGAUCUGCGUGGGAAUGAGAAUGGCUAUGCUGCAAUUAAAGUCUUGCUUGGCUACUUUGCUGAAUAGCUACAAGCUGGAAUUGUCACCGAAGACGAAGGUCCCGUUGCAAUUGUCAUCCUUGUUCGUGCUGACAGUGCCAGUUGACGGAUAUUGGGCCACCAUUUCGAAACUUUAAAGUUAUCUCAAGGACGCCAUUCGUGUUCCUUAAUGUUUACUCGGGAAGAAGUUGCACAACGAACUUUUAUCUCGGAAUAAGUACGCGAACGUUAAGUUAACGAAGAGACAACGCAAUUGUAUAGAUAACACGAUUAUCGGUGUACUCUGACUGCUUAUAAACAAUAAAAACCAAUUUGACGUG